GGAAGGAGACGCGGCCGCGUGAGGGCGAGGCGAUUUGAAAACACUCUCUGGGAGCGGGAGGCUGAGGCGGCCAGCGCGCGCUGUCCUCCUGCGGGGCUCGGCUCGGACGCUCUACCCCGCGGCUUCCGCGCCCCGGCCUCGGCCGGGCCUUCAGAAUUCAAGAAUGACCAAAAAAAGAAAACGCCAAGAUGAUUUUCAAAAAGUAAAGCUAAAAGUUGGUAAAAAGAAACCCAAGUUGGAAAAUGCUACUAAUACAAACUUUAAAACGAAGACUAUACAUCUGCCCGAGCAACUCAAAGAGGAUGGAACACUUCCAACAAACAACAGAAAACUUAACAUAAAGGACUUGCUGUCACAAAUGCAUCACUACAAUGCUGGGGUUAAACAAAGUGCUCUUCUUGGACUUAAAGACCUUUUGUCUCAGUACCCAUUUAUAAUUGAUGCACACCUUUCAAAUAUAUUAAGUGAAGUGACUGCUGUGUUUACAGAUAAAGAUGCUAAUGUACGAUUAGCAGCAGUUCAACUUCUUCAAUUCCUGGCCCCCAAAAUACGAGCUGAACAAAUUUCUCCAUUUUUUCCUUUGGUAAGUGCCCAUCUCUCUAGCGCCAUGACUCACAUUACUGAAGGAAUUCAGGAGGAUUCUUUAAAAGUUUUGGACAUUCUACUGGAACAGUACCCAGCUCUAAUAACUGGCCGUAGCAGUAUAUUGCUUAAGAAUUUUGUAGAACUUAUUUCUCAUCAGCAGCUGUCCAAAGGACUGAUAAAUAGAGACAGAUCCCAGUCCUGGAUACUUUCUGUAAAUCCUAAUCGGAGACUCACUUCUCAGCAGUGGAGGCUGAAAGUUUUAGUGAGACUCAGUAAAUUCCUUCAGGCCUUGGCAAAUGGAUCCAGUAGGUUGAGAGAGAGUGAAGGACUUCAGGAACAAAAAGAAAAUCCCCAGGCCACUAGCAGCUCCAUUUUUAUCAACUGGAAGGAACAUGCCAACGACCAGCAACACAUCCAGGUUUAUGAAAAUGGGGGUUCACAGCCAAAUGUCAGUUCACAGUUCAGGCUACGGUACCUGGUUGGAGGACUAGGUGGUGUGGAUGAAGGCCUGUCGUCUACUGAAAACCUGAAAGGAUUUAUUGAGAUAAUAAUUCCGUUGCUAAUUGAGUGCUGGAUUGAAGCUGUGCCUCCACAACUGGCUUCUGUUGGAAAUGGUAUAGAACGAGAAUCUCUGCAGGUUAUGCAGCAAGUUCUUAAUAUUAUUUCUCUUCUGUGGAAACUGUCUAAACAGCAUGAUGAAACCCAUAAAUUGGAGUCAUGGCUUCGAAAGAAUUACCUUAUUGAUUUUCAACACCAUUUUAUGAGUCAUUUUCCUUAUGCCUUACAAGAAAUAACUAAGCACAAAAGGAAAGAGGCAAAUAAAAGCAUGAAGCAUUGCGCAAUUCUCUCAAAUAACGUAGAUCAUCUUUUGCUGAAUUUAACACUCUCUGAUAUCAUGGUCUCCCUGGCAAAUGCCUCAACUUUGCAGAAGGAUUCCAAUUGGAUAGAAAUGAUAAGGAAAUUUGUGACAGAGACUCUUGAAGAUGGCUUUAAGCUAAACAGUAAGCAGCUGAACAGAUUGCUGGGGGUGUCCUGGAGGUUAAUGCAGAUACAACCAAACAGAGAGUCUACAGAGACUCUCAUCAAGGCAGUUUAUACAUUGUAUCAGCAAAGAGGCCUUCUCUUUCCAGUUCGGACUUUGUUACUGAAGUUUUUCAGUAAAAUCUAUCAGAAAGAUGAACCGACAUCUUACAGAGUCAGAUAUCGUAGUAAAGUGUUAUCCCGUUGGCUGGCUGGUUUACCAUUGCAACUUGCUCAUCUUGGCUCUCGAAACCCUGAGCUUUCAACACAGCUUAUCGAUAUCAUUCAUACUGCUGCAGCACGAGCAAAUAGAGAAUUACUAAAAAGUUUACAUGCCACUGCUCUCCGAAUCUAUGAUCCACAAGAAGGUCCUGUGGUGCUUCUCUCAGCAGAUUCUCAGCAACGUUUGGUUCAACUUGUGUAUUUUCUACCCAGUCUGCCUGCUGAUUUGCUUUCUCGGUUAAGUCGUUGCUGCGUUAUGGGAAGACUUAGUUCAAGUUUGGCUGCCAUGCUUAUUGGGAUACUGCACAUGAGUGUACCUAUAUUAGGAUUUUCGAAAGAGGAAUUGACUUGGCUUCAGAGCCUUCGAGGGGUUCCUCAUGUCAUCCAGACACCGCUUUCCUCUGUGCUCCUCUACCUUACCGACUUGGAUCAGUUUUUACACCACUGGGAUGUAGCAGAGGCACUUUGUCACAGUUUUUUGGUUAUCCCUGCUCGAAGCCAGAGCUUUGAUGUCCUGCAAAGUGCCAUCAGUAAACAUUUGGUUGGGUUGACUGUAAUUCCUGACAGCACAGCUGGCUGUGUUUUGGGUGUUAUCUGUAAGCUCCUGGAUCACACAUGUGUGCUUAGUGAGACGCUGCUGCCCUUUCUGGCUUCUUGUUGUUACAGCCUUCUUUAUUUUCUGCUCACUCUAGAGAAGGGGGAAGCAGAACAUCUAAGAAAGAGGGACAAGCUGUGGGGGGUCUGUGUCUCCAUCCUGGCUCUCCUGCCACGAGUCCUCCGUUUGAUGCUGCAGAGUCUGCGGGUGAACAGAGUGGGGCCUGAGGAGCUGCCUGUCGUGGGCCAGCUGCUUCGCCUGCUGCUCCAGCACGCACCGCUCCGCGCUCACAUGCUGACCAACGCGAUCCUGGUGCAGCAGAUCAUCAAGAACAUCACAACGCUGAAGAGCGGAGGCGCGGAGGAGCCGUGGCUCACGGACCUGCACUGCUGCUUCACCGUCUGCCUCUCCGGGCACCCCCCGGGGCCUGGCGCACUGAGUGCCAUGUAUUGAAGAGGCACGUGGCUCCUCCUGUCUGGGUUUGUUUAUUCACAGCUAUCUAAUUUUGAUCUAAUGAAGUUUGUCAUUAAAGCUGAACUUUUAAAGAA